CACCAUUUUCCCCCCUUACCUGUUUGCAUCUCUGUUGCUAUUCAUAGUUUUCAUUCAAAUGAUUGGUGUGGAGCCCUGCGGGCAAAUCAUCCAUAUCACUAUAGCCUGUCAGUUUUGUAUCUGUCUCAAACCACAAAUAUUUAAAUGACCUCUCAAAAGAAGAAAAAAAAAGCACCCGACACAGUAGUUUCUUUAUAAUGCUUUUCUAUGGAAAAAAAGCUUAAAGGUAGAGUAAGAGUAGAGUAGCAAACUAGCUUUGAAAUCAUCCAGCCCUCCCUUCAGAGCGUCUCCAAAGCCACGCCUCCACAAGUAUAAUGUCACUGGUUGCCAUCUCUUAAUUAUAGUAGUUAUGGCAUGAAUGCAGCAUAAGCUUUUUGUUUUGGUUUGGGAGAAACUGUAAAAUGGCUACUAUUUGUUUGUUCUGUCUACAACUCUUCAUAGCCUUAUGUUUGCAUUAAUGACAUGUGAUGUCUGCCCAGCAGCGUGCGCGGAGGCAGGGAAAUGUGAUGUGAAAUAUAACCGACUGGAGAGUGAAUCAGAAACAAAGGCUUUUAACAAGAUGGUCUGUGGACUGAAGAUCUUUUAUUUUUCUGCCAUUUUAUUUGUGUUUUUCUUAAUCAUCUUCAUUUAUGUGCAAGAUGACUCUAAAAUAUCUAAUGCCAAACUUAAAGCACCUAAUGCCAAACCUAUCAUGCAAAAAAAAAAUGAGCUUGAAGACUCUGACCUGCCAAAUCCUCCUCCAAGCACACAUUUACCAUCCGUCCAAACACCACACGUCGAUCACACAUCCACUAGUCCUCCGGCUCCAAAAGCGUGUGGUGUUCAAGUGAAGGACGGUCCUGUGAUUAAAGUCGGGAACCUUCACACAUAUGUGACUGGCUCUUAUAUGGAUUAUCGCUUUGGAGAGAAACAGAUAAAGACAAUUGCCAUCGUUCUCCGUGAAGAGCAGGUGAAAUACAGCUGUGUGAUGUGCUGUGAUGGGAGGAACGUGACCUCACCAGCGGAAUACACAAUUCAUUCUGACCACUUUGGUUUUGAGUACGGCACCGCUACCAUCACGUGUCACAUCAAUAGCCCGUGUUCGAUACCAACGCAUGUUGCAAUAACAGCCAGAGAGAUCUCGGAGAGAAUAACAUCCUUCCUACCCGUUAGAAACAGAGAUGUUCCAGCAGUCUUCCCAUAUGAAUUUACAAUCUGCAUCUCUGUCAUGUAUGACUACAAGAAUGUGUUGAAUUUAGUCGAGUCAAUGGAGAUGUUCAGACUGCUUGGUGCUCAAAGGGUGGCGAUAUAUAAAACCAACUGUGAUUCAAACACACAGAAGGUUCUGGACUACUAUGUGAAAAGAGGUUUUGUAGAGAUCAUCCCAUGGACCAUUAAAAAUCACAUCAAAGUGUCAAGUGGCUGGAGGAAAGAUUUAUCUUCAGGUGAACUGCAUUACUAUGGGCAAAUUCCUGCACUUAAUGACUGUAUUUAUCGUUACAUGUACCAAAGUCACUAUGUGGCUCUACAAGACCUAGAUGAGCUCAUUCUGCCUCUCAAGGUGAAAACCUGGCCGGAGCUGUUGCCUGAGCUUGAGAAGAUGUACGGCACUACUGUGGGCUUUGAGUUUGAGAAUAAUGCUUUCCCUUUCACUGCAAAAGCUCAUACGGAUUACGAGCAAGACAAAUGGAAAAAUGUAACGGGAUGGAAUAUUUUAAAUUAUAUAGAGCGAAUACCCAAUGACCCCACAGCUUUCAACAAUUACAAGAUUAUAGUAAGUCCUCGGCUAACUCUGAAGGCUACUGUACAUGGCCUACUGGAAACUGUGAAUCCUGGAUCCACCACAAUAAGGGUGAGCAACUCCAUCGCUCGCAUGUACCACUCGAAAUACAUUGAUAUCACCCCAAACGCAAACCUUAUAAGAGAUGAUCAUCUGUGGGACUAUGCCACAGAUCUUAUACCUGCUGUUUCUAAAGUUCUACAGGACUGUGGAUUCACUGAGGCCUAAAUGAUUGUCGUGAUGUACUGUCUGUCACUGGUUUCAAGUCAGUAAAUAAUGAAUAAUAGCUCAGGGCUUUAAGGAAUUCUGUUGGGAAAAGUAUUGACUUUUUUGUAUCAGUCAGUGAAAGCCAAACAAAUAACAAAUAACAAGUCAAGAACAUUGUUGGAGAUAAUGUGAAACAAUAAUAAUGACUGAUCAUUAGCGUACUUUCUGGGGUUUGCCUUCUUAUAAAAUAAUUGUGUGAAGAAAUAGUCAAUUAUUGAAGAUACAGGUUAUAUUUUAUACCUUGGAUAUUUACCCAAUUGAAUAACUUUUAAAUAGGCUACUGAGGAUUGUAUAUUCUUAGAGUAAAAGUCCAACUUUACAUCUCACAUUGUGAUAUCUCACAAAGUCAAUCUAUAUCUCAUAAUGACAACUUUGUUCUCUAAAAUUGUGACUACUUUUGUGAAAAAGUGUACUUAAUUGCAUUUGUGAAAAAGAAGUGUACUUAAAGGUGCAAUAUGUACGAUUUUUGCAGUAAAAUAUCCAAAAAACCACUAGGCCAGUGGUUUAUCCCGAUUGUUUCCACUGGCCAUUGAGCUGAAGACCACAAGCCUUUGAUUUGAAUAGGCCUCUAGUGACCUCUAGCGGAGAGAAAUCCUACAUAUUGUACCUGUAAUAUGGAUCCGAGGUACACCUAA